UUUUAAUUGUAAGUUGAAGAUUUAAAUACCUAUUAAGGAAUUACCAAAAUGAUAAGCAAAUUAAUUAAUCAUCUUUAAUCAAGGUAAGAAUAUAAUUAAUCUCGUUAAACCUUUGCCAUUAGCGAAACCAAAACAGUUACAAUAUAAAUAGUCUAUGAAAAUGAAUGUGACAAUCAAUUGAUUCAACGAGUAGUUCAACAAGUAUAUUUGAUAUUCUAUUUUAAUUGUGAUCAUUAAUUGUUGAUUAGUAAAUAACUUGAAGUAAAAUGGUUCUCGAAGUCUAUGGAAACACUGGUUCACCUCAUUGUCGAAUUGUUUUUGCUGUUCUGAAGCAUUUAAAGAUUCCCUAUGAACAGAAAACACUUGAUAUGAGGAACAAGGAACAUCUUCAAGCCGAUUAUCUCAAGUUAAAUCCAUUUCACACAAUACCAACAAUCAAUGACGAUGGUUUCGCUGUAUUUGAAAGUCGAGCCAUUGCUGUUUAUUUGAUUGAAAAAUAUUCACCUGACAAUCAAUUGUAUCCAAAUGAUGCCAAAAAACGAGCAGCAAUCAAUCGUUGGUUAUAUUGGGAUGUCGCUAGUUUCCUUAAAUCAUUACAAUCUUACAAUGGACCUUUUCUGUUUGGUAAUGUUGAUAAACCCGAUGAAAAAGCGGCUAAUGAAAUUCUGGACAAAGUUAAAACUCUUGACGGUCUUUUGAGUCAAUCUAAAUACAUUAAUGGAGACAAUUUAACAUUGGCUGAUAUUGGAUUAGCGAUCACUUUUGCUUCAAUCAACGCGACCAAUUUAGAUACAAAACCGUUUGAAAAUGUCAACAAGUGGUUCAAUCGAUUGGAAAAUGAUUUGCCUGAGGUUUGGUCGGAAAUUAUUGUCAAACCAAAUGAAAUGUUGAAAAAACGAUGGACUGAUAAACUUUCGGCUUCCAAAUGAAUGCUAUUCUUGUCAUUGGUGAAACGAUUUAAGAGAACGUAGAAAUUUAAUAAAAAAACUAGUUUAAAUUGA